AUGGCGUCCGGCGAGAAGAAGAGCUCCGGCAUGGGCUUCUUCAAGGAGCUUCGCCGUCGCUCCAAGGCAGGGUUUCACUCGUCCAAGCCGGCACCGCGAGCGGCCGCAGCCAAAGCUUCUCCGUGUCCCUCGCUCCCUACCAGCAGCGCCGGCGAGUCUAUCGUCAAUGGCUGCGGCGGCGUCGAUAACGCGGGCGUCGGGGCCAACGUCAACGGCCACCAGCUGAACGGCCAGCUUCACGUUAAUGGUAAUGGUCAUGCCAAUGGUAAUUGCAAUGGCAACGGUAACGGCAUCUCGAAGACAUCGACCGCAGAGUCGUCUGCCCACAGCAGCAGCGGCAACACGCCGCCGCCCUCCAUCAAGCCGGCGAUGCUCUCCUCCAGCCACCUGCCCUACCUCUCCAAGUCCGAGGGAUGGCUGCCGCCGCCGCCGCAGCGAACGGUGCCUAUCUCCUCCCAGUCGUGUCGAAAUAGCAUGCUCGGCGUCCAUCCGAGUGCGUCGACCUCGACUAGGAACUUCACCCACAACUCGCCGCUCGCUCCUAGAGUCCUCUCCAUCUCUGAUAACUCCUGGGUGAACCAAAAGCUACUCCUACUAUACGGUAGAAUAGGCGACAGAGACCCCCAAAAGUCCCCCCUCGACGGCAACAUCACCAUCCACCACCUCCAGGACGCCUCCUUUCCGUCCAUCUCGUGGCCGGUGCGCGCCUCUUGCUUCAAGGCCCUCGUCCAUCUCGUCCCGGGGCCAAACCGCAUCCGCCUCGAGUACGUCUCUCCCAAGACCGCGCCCACCGCCGCGCCGCAUACCUCCUGGAUCAAUAUCAACUACCUCCCGCUCGCCAACUCGCCGCCGCUGCAGCUGGCCAUCCUGCUCGGCAGUGACUCGCAGGCACAGUACGACUCGGCUCCUAACAAGGGCGCCAACGACCUCGACAAUGCCGUCCGCAAGUUCAGGAUGGCUGCCUACCUCUGGCAGGCUUUUACCGGAGAGCAGAUGUACAGAAACAACUUUGGUCGCAGAUGCUUCCAUUUCGAGGAAGAGUGGCAGACGGGCAGCCUGAGCGGUCGAGACACCGAGAACGGCAUCAUGAGAAGCGAGGCAAAGGUCCAUAUCAUCCGCUGUGACAAGACGGUCGACCAGCUACGGGCUCUCAGCACCGCAACCACCACCGAAGACGGCCUCUUCAAGGUCGCCAUGGACGCCGUACGCAAGUACUUUGACCUCCGUCCCGGUGAGCAGCGCUAUGUCAGUGCCCUCUUGCUUGACACCCACUGGGACAACGAUACCAAGUCCCUGACGGCUCACGCCGCCCUCGGCUCGUCUCAGCCGGCAGACCUCAAGCUUGCCCUCUUCGGCUCUCACGGUCUGCACAGCUACCCUUCCUGUCUACAGGAGAUCGUCCCUUGCUUCUCGGACUGUGCUCGUACGGACACUGCCUAUGUUGCCAACCACAACAACGAGUGCGGCAGCAACUGGGAGACCGCCAGCUCCUCGCUCGGCCGCCAUCUGCACGAGGUCGGCCGUCUCUUUGGCUGCAACGACUCUGACUCAGGCAUCAUGGGCCCGGACUACCUGCGUUUCAACCGCACCUUCAUGACCUGGGAGCCUUAUUCAACUCGCACCAAGGAACAAGGUGCCCGUCUGCUCCUCCAGCAGGACGAAUGCCGCUGGAACCGCCUCGAAGCUCUCAGAUUCCGUUUCCAUCCUUGUUUCAAGCUGCCCACUGAUCCCGGCUGUCCCUCGUCAGACAUCAUCCAGCUCUGGUCCGUCGACGGUGAUAAGAUACUCGCUACCUCCAGUGCUGGCAUCGCCUUCAUCGAGAUCUUCACCUCUCCACAAGGAGACAUCCCUACCUCGUUCAUCGAGUACGUCGAUUCCAGCGCAGGCAAUAGCGGUGUACCAAAGGAAGCCAGCUUUACUGAAGCUGAAAUACGCGCUCAGCUGCCUGACAGCGCACGCAAGUCCAAAAUCAUCCGCCUACGCAUCUACUCUGGCUGUCUCUCGGUCUUCACUGUCGCCGACCUCUCUGUCCUCACAGCCAACAAGGGCAAGGAGUGGUGCGUCAAGAUACCCACCGUGACUGGCAGUGAACAGACAAAUUACCUUCCAUAUCAGCUCCCAGGCUGCCUACCAGGCUGCCUACCAGGCGAGAAGCAUGAGGUCUCCUUUGAGACGAACAAGCCAGUAACCGCACUCAGAGUGUACGCGGAGGAGAAGCAAGGCUUAGACGUUGGAGCGCCGCUUAAGAGCACAAUUGCAGGCAUUGAAUUCCGUUAUGAAGACGGAAGCAGCCAGCUCUUUGGAUCCAAGGGCCAGGGGAUGAUUGAUGAUGAAUACACAAUCGAAUCACGACGAGGUGAAAUGAUGAUGGGCUUCCAUCUCCGCGCGGACAAGGACGGCGUACAUGGCAUUGGCAUUCUUACUAGUUUCGGUAGACGGUCCGGCAUUUAUGGGUGUUCAAAGGCAACUCAGGGUGGCACUUUGGUUACCCCCAAGGGUUUCAGAAUUACUGGAGUUACGGGAACCAUAGGCACAGGCAUGCAUGCCGGCAUCAUGGGAUUUUCUCUUAUAAUUGCUCGAUAG